UAUCCAGUCUACUAUUGCGAAACUAAACACUGUCAGCACCUGCGAAAUAGUAUGAUAUUAAAAAGGAUAAACUAGACAAGGCAUUAAAAGAACUCGUUGUAAUAUUGACUUCUUUUUAGUUUAACAAAUGAUGGGAAUAUAUCUAACUGUUACCUGGGCGUAAGACUUGUCGUUACAUACAGAUGAUGUCAGCUGUAUUUUAUGUUUUGUUGAUAUUCAUCAGUAUAAAUCUAGUCUAUGGAUAUGAUAACUUGUAUCCGACUUGUGUAGAUACGGAAGAAGAAGCGAAACGUUUCAGAACAAGACAAAAUUUUGUUUUUGCUGAUAACAAACCUCGCUUCAUAUCAUCUGAUGCUCUCAAUAUAACCAGUGCUAGAAGAAAUCAAUAUUGCAUUUGGUAUUUUCGUUAUUUAAUAUAUAGUUUAAAAAUCAGUUUUGAGGAGUUUAACCUUACUGAUGGCAUUGGAUGUCCAACGGAAUAUCUGGCUUUUAAGUUCAACGGUGAUAUUCGGAAAGAUUUGAAAUUUUGUGGAACAUCCUAUCCGAAGGUGCUUUAUCUCGAUCAAUACUAUAUUAAAAUAAUUUACAAAUUUAAUCCGGAUAUUUUUUUGCCUGGAAAAGGAUUUAGAUUACGGAUUGAAGAGAGCUCGGCACUAUGUGAAACCAAUCAACAAUUAAAUGUUGGAAACACUCCAUUAUACAUUACUUCACCUGCAUAUCCAGCUUCUGAAGGUAACUACGGAAGAGAGAUCGAUUGUAGCUGGGAAUUUAACGCCACUGACGAGAAAGAAGUAAUUCUUCUCGAAUUCUUGCUUUUCGACCCAAAGAUUUUGAAAUAUUCCGAAACGGCUUAUGACAAAUCCAUAUGUUAUAUCAAUGGCUUGGAGGUUCAAGGAAAUAAAAAAUAUAUUAACUUGUGUGAUGUAGAGUACAAUAAAUUGAUUAUAAAAACGACCAACAGCACAGUAUCAAUUCGUUUUAGAAAAAAGAGCUAUGAUUCUCAUCGUAAUGUUUUCAUUAUUAGAUAUUACAGUGUUCCUAAAUAUGACUACGGGUGUACUGGACAGACGGAUAGCAAAACUUUAACAGCAUACAGAGGUCGCUCACAAGUGGUAAAUGUUAUAGGGACAAGCGGUAAAAUUUGCUCCUGGAAUAUAGAAGCUGAAAAUCCUUCUGAUGUGAUCAUAUAUGAGCUUCUGUCAUAUGCAACAAAAACAUAUAACUGUUAUUUAAGACUUCGCAUCACUGAAGAGAAUAAUCAAGUCAACGAUUCUUUGUGGCCAUUCACUUGUAUUGAGAAAUCAGUAAAAUAUUAUCGUUCAUCAACUGGUAAAAUUAAAAUAGAUAUUGUAGACAAGUCCCAAUAUUAUGAACAUUAUGGAGGCUUGUCAUUCAGUUUCUACAGUAUACCACGAGACGUAUUGGUUGAUACCGUGAUGGUUAUCACUUCUAUUCCAUCUUAUAUCUGGAUUCCAGGUUUAUCAAGUCAGACAAGGAAAGAUGUCAUCCAAUCGGCCAUUCUAAAAUCCGGCUUUUCCCAAAAGUGUGUUCAAAUUAAAGGAUUAAUGACGAAUCUGUCCGGAGUUGAAAAUCUUUAUGAUUAUAUAAAUGUAUAUGAUGGUUAUAAUGAUUAUGUGAAUAAAAUAGAUGCUGCCUGUGGAAUGAAGUUUGAUUCAGUGUCAGGAAGUGGUACCUCCAUACUCAUCAAGAUGAGACCAAAUAAUAUAAAUGCUGGAAUAUGGAUAAAAGCAGAAGCGACAGCCACAUGUGUACUUAAUAGUAACCUAAAAGAUUUAACUGUUGGGAAUAUAGCUAAAGUGAUUGAAAGUCCAGGAUAUCCCCAGCAUUUUGUUUGUCAUCAAUCUCUGUAUUGGCAAAUUAGAACUGAAAGUGACAACAAAGUGAUUUCUUUAAGCACGGAUCCCCAUUUAAUCACCAACACAAACUGUAUAAAUCGGCUUCAGAUAUAUGAUGGGUCAGAUAGCCGUGGUGAUGUCAUAUCUAGCUGGUGUUUAGGAACGAAGGAGAGUUAUGUAUCAACUGGUAAUGUUAUGUAUUUAACCCUCCAGUCACACAACACUAUCCCACCUUUCAAACUAUUAGUAUCACAGAGAAAUAAAGUUGAAUGUUCCGAGGGAAGUAGACUUGCCACGACAGCUUUCCAGUAUAUAACUUCACCAUUCUAUCCUGGCCAUUAUCCAAAUUCCAUGUACUGUAAAUGGUAUAUAUCAGCAGAUUCACAGUAUAGGAUCCAGAUAAAAAUAAAUCAUCUGGAUCUAACCAAUACCGUUUUUACAUGUGAUGAUUAUCUGAGGAUUAGUGAUGCUGUACCCACAUCUAGCAAGAUAUGCGCUAACAGCACUGGUGCUGGGCUUUCAUACAUUACUAAAUAUGACUGGUUAACAAUAGAAUUUAAUAGUAAUGGUAGCCAUGCAGCAAAGGGUUUCAACAUCAGCUAUAAAACGUUUCAGAGUGGUGGAGAUUGUAAUCAGGAUUUUAUUGUGGAUCUGUCACCUAGAUACCUUAACUCUACAAACUAUCCCAGCAUGUAUAAACGAGGAUUUGAAUGCGUUUACAGAUUGAAUAAAGAUAUAUAUUUUGGUACUGAUUACAGCAUCGCUGUCUCUGUGGUAGCUUGUGAUCUACCACCAAGAAUAUACCAACAAUGUAUAAGAGACUACGUUAACGUCUACGAUGGUUCUGUUAAAAAUAAUCAAGACAAAGUUGGAACAUUUUGUGGUGAUGAAGAUAAGUUCACUGUGACAGCCAAGUCGAGGAGUGUUUUGAUCGAUUUUGUAACUUCUGGAAUAAUUUUGGGACAUUACAAAGGAUUUCAAAUAAAGUAUAUGCUUGAGAGAACUACUAAUACUGGAAAUAGUGGUACAUGUUCGGUAGGACGACCAUUGGAACUACCAGCUUCUUCAAUUGCUAAAUAUUUUACUUCACCAAAUUAUCCCGAUAAAUAUAGAAAUGAUCAGUACUGUCAGUGGCGUAUAACUUCCGAUUAUAAAACUAUUGUAUUUCAAGUGAUUGAUUCCGAUUUAGGACCUAAACCUAUCUAUGAUAAUGAAGAUAACGUCAAGGUCUAUGACGGUAAUGAUAGAUAUGGCGACCUUUUGGGUAAACUAUACAGUACACAUGCACCAACAUACCUUAGCUCUGGUUCCAAUCUUUAUAUUGAAUUUACCUCCAAUUCCAAUGGUGUUUAUAAAGGGUUUAAAGUGAAAUAUUACACAAUGUCAUAUAGUGUGCCAGAGGGAAGCCAAUCAUCAGAUACAUCAUACGGAGUUAUGGCUGGAGUAAUCAGCAGCAUUACAUUGUUGUGCAUCUUUAUAUGUGUAUGCCUAUGUCGUUUCUGUAUGAAAAGAAAAACCCCUCCACCGAGACAGUCACGAUCAAACAGCCAAAGGGUCGUUUUUAACACUUCUAAUAGUACCGUAUUUGUUGUUCCACCAGUUUAUGAUGCAAAUAAUACGUCAUCACCCCCACCAUACUCCGGGGUGUCUAGUCCUGAAUAUAAUAUCACAGCACCUUACUAUCCUGGAAACAUACCCUCAGUACCACCACCAGCUUAUUCCGAAUUACCAGCCUAUGAAGAUUCAGCCAAGUAUGAAAUACAUGAAACUAGAAGCCACCCAGAGCCAAAUCCGGUACCAGAACAACCACAACGGCAAAUAUCAAGAGAUGACUUGAGAAUUCGAAGAAAUCCACAACAGUUCCAUGUACGAAGGCGUAACAAUUCAACCCAAUCCAUAGACAGUCAAGAAGACUUAGCUUUAGUAGACGAAAGGGAAGUGACAGGCAUUGACAAUACAAUCAAUCACCGAAAUUAUUCCAUUCCACUAUAACUUAACAUUUCGCCAAGUUUUAUAUAAAUUUUUAAAUUAAAACAUAUUUCCCUUGAUUAUAUAAUCGAAAAUCCUUUAAAUCCAAAGAUGUGUUUUUAUGUAGAAAAUUUAUAUUAAAUAUUAUAUUAAAUACACUUAUUUGCAUAAUAGUUAACAUUUAAAUGUAAUUAUUCUGUUAGGGUUGCAUGUGUAAAUAUUUCACCACCCGACGAUUUCAGAAUUUGUAGGUCUGCUUUCAGAAACAUACCUAUGUCUCUGUUAAAUGCCCUAUACAUUAACAAACUGCAUUAUAUGAUGGAUUUUAUUCCAGCAUAACUAUUUGACUUUAUCAAAAACAAAAUUGUUGACUACACCUAUAUAUUUGCAUAAUCGUGAGGGCGUAAAUGUAAUUUUGAAAGGAAGCACAUGUUUAAAUACUUUCAGAAUUAGUAGGUCGGCUUUCUACAUUAUAGAAAACUGCCUAUUUAUCUAUUAAAUGUCCCCGUACUUGCAUACAUUAAUAAACUACAUUACAGAUACAUGUAUAUGUAAGAUUGUAUUCCCGUAUAAUAUUUUAUUUUAUUCCCGUAUGAAUAUUUGACCUUUAUCAAACAGAAACGAACUAAUGUAGAUCAACAGUAAACAUUAUUGGAGUUAGUACCAGAAUUUACAGGAAUCAUUUACGUUUUAUAGUAACUAAUGUAGAGUGAUCUGUUUCCCAAGAAAACCAUGCAUUAUUCUGUCGAUCGACUGGAAUGAAAAUUAUUUAUUAUGUUAGGUUUAUUUUGUUAACGCCAAUAAAACAUUAAAACCAAGCUCUAUAUAAAUGAUCAGUGCAGUGAACCUCUCCUAUAAAAUGAUUAUUUAUUACACAUGGUUCUAAUAACUUGUUAUAAUUGUGUCAUGUGUUAUUCUAAAUAAUGACAGGUAAGGAUCAUAUUAUAACUGUCUCGUACUUAGUUUCAACAUGACUCUUAGUACAAACAUCAUGGUGUGUAAUCUUUUAUAAUUUCUGUAGACAGCUAUUCUCGACACAAAUCAACACAUUAAAUUGAAUCAAAUAGAUACUUAUAUAUAUUGUUAACCCAAGUCAUAGAAGUCGUGUCCUUUUUACAUUUUAUGUGCAUUGAUUUUUUCCCCAAAUCAACCAAUGAAGUUGACUCUUGAUGGAAUAAUGUAAUCAUUUUCACAACGUGUCUUCUUGGGAGUUUUAAUUUUUGGACUUUUAUAGAUUCAAGACCCAACAUUUGUGUGUUAAUAGUUCAGUUUAUUUACGAACUAUUUGUGAUUGUUUUGUCUUGUUAUUUUGUUCACAUUAUGUUCCAUGUUUCAUCAUUAGUCUAACAGCCUUUGUACAUUAUAGUUUGCUAAGUAUUAACAAAUAAAAACAAUAAUAUAAAGUUAACUUACUAUGUAAAUAUAAACAUGUUAUAUGACUCGUAUAUAUUUUUGAUAAUUAAAAAAAGUG